AUGGCAGAGAAUAUUCUGGGCAUCGAUCAGCCCUCAGCAAGCGUCCUCGCGCUUUUAGUGAGUAUGCAGCAGAUGAAUGAACUUAUUAUUCAGCAAUUGCAGGCUCUGUCUGCUGUCUCCCGUGUGUCUCAGUCACUGAGUGCUCCAUCCGCUUCCCCUGUCGUGGGGCUGCGGGCCAUACCUCCCGCUUUUCCUAAAAUUGGAGGCUUCACGGAUUCUGCCACCUCUGCCUACGACCCCACCGAUGGCCCUCCGCUGCUCGGAACCCCGCCACGGUCGCCCCGCCUGCCGUCGUCGAAGUCGCCGCUGCCAGUCCGGUUACCUGCAUGGGACGGGCGCCUCUGGCCGCCAACACGGCCCUACCUCCGGCCGCUGCUGGCGCCGCCGUGUCCCUCCGUUUUGCUGGUACCGAUGGACGCUGAGGCUGCCGUCACGCCGCCGCCGCCGUCGCCCAUGGAGGUCGUAGCUCCACCUGCUCAUCCGAGCAUACCCAGUGGCGGUGCGCGACCUUGA